AUGAAAUCUGCAUGUAUAAAAGAGGGAUCUUCGACUCGGACAUCCUCAACGCAAUUCUCCAUACCUAUCGACCCCUUCGACAUGUCUAAUUGGUACGAAGACUACACCAUGCCCGUCCGCACCAAUACUGGGCCUGCUUCUAGUUCGUCCGUGAAUAAAAGGUAUCGUGUCCAAUACAACGGUGUGACGCUCGUCGGGGUUUGCACGAGUCAGGUCGAGUCCCGCACUGGUCCCAGAUUGAUCUUAGAGUUCACUGAUGGUAUUACUCAACAUUUCGCGACAGAGUACUGUGUUGCAACUACGGAAUCCUGCACCAACUCUGAGGGAGCUAAGUGA